CCUCUCUCUCCAAGAAUCCGAUAUCAAGAACCGAACCGAUCUACCAUUCUUCCUUCCUCAUCGAAACUUCCAUCGGCGAAGCCAUGGAAGUCAUCAAAAUAAUGAUCAUAAUAACCAUAACCGUGACUUUGUCCAUCACCAUCACCAUGAGAAGCUUCGAAAAGUCGACAACGACGACACAGACACAGACAAUAGCGUCAUCGACAACACCCAUUGUCGAGAAAGGACCUGCUACGACGAUGUCGUUGCUGUCGAGGAGCGUGAGCCGAUUCUUGGCGCAGGAUGUGAAAAACCCUAGAUCGGCCAGCCAUUGCCAUAAGAACAAGAAGAUGUGCGAGAAAAUGCAUGGAAAAGGGUGGGAGUGUUGCAACAACAAGUGUGUGAACUUGAUGAAUGACAAACACAAUUGCGGCGGAUGCAAGAACAAGUGCAAGUACACGGCGGAGUGCUGCAGGGGACAAUGUGUGGACGUCGCCUAUGACAAGCGCCACUGCGGGCAGUGCAACCACCACUGCGACCGCGGUAAAUUUUGUGUAUACGGGAUGUGUGAGUAUGCAUAAUAUUGAAUUAUUAUCGUUACAAAGUAUAUUAUAUAGUCCAUUAGUUCGAUGGAUUAUUGAUCUUGAAUUUUCUGCAUGAAGAAAAAAAAAAGACAGAAAUUUGGAGAAAAAAAUUCAAAUACAAUAAAAGAGCCACAAUUUUGGGUGGUUCUCUCAAAAUUAAACUUCAAAAUAUAUUUAAAAUAAGGAUUGUUAUGAAACACAUUACUUAAGAAGUAUAUUUUUUGUGCCAAUUUUUUUUUUCUUU